UAUGCAAUUAUAAUCUUAAGAAUAAGAAAAAUAAUUUUAGUAAGAUUAAAAUUGUGUUAAUAAUUUAACUAAAUCCAAAACAAGAAUAUACUAAUACUAAGUGAAACCGGAGCUAUACAUAAAAAUGAAACAAGAUUUUAGUAAAUUUUAAAUGAGUAUUGUGGAUUAACCUUAAUUUUCUGAAGAUGGUAGUAUUAUCGUAUGUCCGAUUUGUUACGAUCCUAGCUUUGCUGAUAGCAAUAUAUAAGAUAAAUAUGUAGUAUCAAUGAGUUGUUCACAUCAAUUUCAUUAUGUUUGUUUAUAACCUUUAUUGAACAAUAACUUCCUAAAAUGUCCUGUUUGUAAUUAAAUAGUUGGUCAAUUAAAAGGUGAUCAACCUGAUGGAAUAAUGGAAGUGAAAACUAUUAAACAAAGAUGUGAAGGGUAUAAAUGUAACACAAUUUAAAUUAAAUAUAUUUUUCAUAAUGGACUUAGAAAUGGAAAAUAUUUUUCUGGAACAACAAGAUUUGCAUAUUUACCUGAAAAUGAGGAAGGUAAAUAUGUGUUAAGUUUGUUACGAAAAGCAUUUGAUUAAAAAUUAGUAUUUACAAUAGGAACAUCAUUAACAACAGGAUAAGAUAAUUGUAUAGUUUGGAAUGGAAUUCAUCAUAAAACAAGUUUAGAUGGUGGUCCAUAAAAUUAUGGGUAUCCAGAUCCUACUUAUUUUGAUAGAGUAUUGGAUGAGUUGAAGUAGAAAGGUAUUACUUAAUCUAAGAAUUGA